UAGUAUAACGAUGGACGCAAAAUACACACUUAUUGGGAAACAGAAUUAUAGAUUACCUGUUUUAGGACGACAGUUGCUAGUGUGUCUGUCAGCAUGCGUGUAUUCCUUCAUGCUGGGACUGAGCUUCGGGAGUCCCACGGUGGCCGUGGCCCAGCUGAGGGCAAGGGCGAACUCAACCGACGCAGUCAGCAGGGAAAUGGGCUCUUGGAUAGCAUCUGCAUCCGGCUUUGUCGCAAUCCCUACAGUAGUCGUCUCGGUCAUCGUUGUACAUCACUUCGGGCGCAAAAAAGUUUAUAACUACGCGACUGUAGUUAGUUUCGUGUGCUUUACAAUACUCUAUUGUAGUAAAAAUGCUACGGAUCUUCUUGUAAGCAGGUUAUUCUGCGGAGUUCAAAGUGGCUUGUUGUUGUCAACGUUCCUAAUGGUCAUGACUGAGAGCAUGAAGCCAAGAUAUAGGGGUUUAUUUUUUGCUUUGAAAUCAGCUUCAAUUUAUUGGGGUGUCUGGUGUUCCAAUACGAUAGGAACAUUCUGUCCUUACAAUUACAUUGGAAUAGUUGGGAUGUCAUGUUCAGUAAUUAACUUUUUCAUAACAUUUGUCAUACCAGAAACUCCAUUCUGGCUUGCAUCAAGAGGCAGAUAUGAAGAAUGCGCAGCAGCACACCGAUGGUUGAAGGGGGCCGACGAGGAUACCGAGAAAGAGUUGAAAGCGAUUUUUGAUAGUUUCCAAAAAGAUGGAAAAGUGCCAAUACAAACACGCAAAUCUCUGUUAACUACAGUUAAAGAAUAUUGGACGAUAAUAUGUCAACCAUCAUUUUAUAAACCUGUCUCUAUAGGAUUCAUAAUUGAAAUGAUGUGUGUAGCUACAGGAAAAUUGGUUUUUGCUAUGUAUGCAAUUGAAAUAAUAGGAAAAGUUACAAAAAAUAAAACUACAGCUCACUAUUUUAUGUUGAUACUGGAUGGAUUUAGUGUGUUAGGUAUGUAUAUGGGCUGUGUCUUAGCAAAACGCUUAAAAAGAAGAACUAUGUUGUUAUGUUCAUCAACAUUAUCCGCAAUACUAAUGUUUGCGGUGUCAUUUUAUUUGUAUUUGGUUAAAUUCAAAAUAAUGUCUGAAAAUAACAUAUUAUUUUUAAGUAUAUUGGUUUUAUAUUCGUUAAUUACAUGUUGUGGCCCCAUGCUUUUGUUUAGCGUUAUUUGUGGCGAAUUGUUUCCAUUAAAAGGUAGAAGUUUUGGAGUGAUAUUAUCAGGUGUGAUUAAUAGUGCACUUUUUGGACUAAGUAUGAAAUUUACACCGUAUUUACUUUGGGCUAUCAAUACUGAAAAUACUUUUCUAUUUUUUGCAAUUUUUUCUACCACAUGCAUUAUUUUAGAAUAUAAGUAUCUACCAGAAACUAAAGAUAAAACAUUAAAUGAAAUUGCGGCCCUAUUUCAAUAAACACAACUCUAUUAAAUGUUACAUCGAUAACUAAAUCAUGUGUUGGCAACAUUAAUCAAAAGCUUUUUUUUACUACUAGCAACUAGUCUACUAGUACUAAGAGAGAUAGAAAGAUUCGUCUUGUCAUUGUGCUACUAACGUAAGUGAUAUUUAUUUAAAGUCGUCAAUAAAUUGUGUAAUUUACCAGCGCCUGUAAAUUAAUGCAAUGGAACGACAGGGAAAGAUUGGAGGAACAGGAGAAUUACCAAGAAAACUAAAGUCAGAUUGAUGAAAUGCCUUGUGUUUCCAAUCUUUAGAAAUAUGGAGCCGAAACUUGUUCUCUGAGACUGCAGGAUAGACGCUAUCAUAAAGGCUACUGAGUCCACGAUGAUCCAGUGUAUUCGCAACGCCUCUAACCGCCAGAAAUGGCAGGAGAGCUGACUUCGAAAAUGACAUCGAACACCCCAACGUGUGCCUCGUCAAUGCAACCAUGACCAAUCUGACAAGAGUGUCCGACUA